CACCCAAAAUCCAAAAUCCCUGCAACGGUUUGCUCAUUGUUGAGAGAGAGAUAAUGAGCGGAACGUGCAGCCUGUCACAGCUAUGGCAGAUUUCUUAUACCAAAUUUGUUUUCAGUCGCUCCAAGUUCUUCAAAGGUCCAUAUAUCAUGCCUGGAACAAAAACCUAUCCAACCUUAUGUUUCUGUAAGAAUAUGCAGACUGCCACAUAUGAAGUUGUGAAUGGGAGCUAUGCACCAAUUGCUAAAACUAUACAAAACAAGUUAAUGGAUAAAGCAUUAGAAAUACAAGAAACUAUGGGGGCAUUUCAGAAGCUACCCAUGGUGAUUCCACCAGUUGAUAUCCUUUACUCGGCACUGAGGAAGGCAAAGAGGGUCUCACCUACUAAAGGCAUUGCCAAUGUAGCAAAGCGUGAGAGAAAUAAAGGUGCAAAGCAGCUUGAUGCGCUGAUGAAGGAAUUGGCUGUGCCUUUAAGGAUGUACAAGGAGAAAUUCCCAAACAGAAGACAUCUGCACCCUUAUGAACGGUCUCUUGUUGAGCUGACUCUUGGAGAUGGAAAUUAUGAAGAGGUUUUGGAAAGGGUUGAUGCUUUGAGGAAGAAGGUCAUUGCUGUUGGAAAGGAACAUGCGUCUCUCUGUGCUAAGUCUACAACAAAGCGAGAAGCAGGGGAACGAUUAAGUGAGGGAAUGGAGAAACUUGAACAGAUUUUUAGUCAAGAAGGAAAAGCUGUUGAUGAUUUAUUGAAUAUUGCCAAGACUUUAAGGGCAAUGCCUGUGGUAGAUUUGGAAACACCGACGCUUUGUCUAGUUGGAGCUCCUAAUGUGGGGAAAUCUUCUUUGGUCCGCAUACUUUCAACAGGGAGGCCUGAAAUCUGCAAUUAUCCAUUUACAACUCGAGGAAUUCUAAUGGGUCAUAUUAAUUUCAGCUACCAGAAUUUUCAGGUGACGGACACACCUGGCUUACUGAGGAGACAUGACGAUGACAGGAAUAAUUUGGAAAAACUAACGCUUGCUGUCCUCUCACAUUUGCCGACUGCUGUAGUUUAUGUUCAUGACCUUUCUGGAGAAUGUGGGACCUCACCUUCUGAUCAGUUUGUCAUAUACAAGGAAAUAAAAGAAAGGUUCAUCAACCAUCUUUGGCUCGAUGUUGUUUCUAAAUGUGAUCUUCUUCAAGAAUCGCCUCUCGUUUACAUCACAGAAGAUAGCAACGCUGAUCAUCCUGAGCUGGCAAGGUACCGGAAAAUGGGACCUGAUGGAGCCAUCCAUGUGUCAGUAAAGAGUGAAGCAGGGCUUCUUGAGCUGAAAGCAAGAGUGCAGGAGCUGCUGGUUGCGCAGUCUGAGAGGAUCAAUAGCCAACAGUGCAACCAGGAGAACUUGGAAGCUCCUUAAUAAUCAGUUGUUCUAUUACUAUGAUAGGAUUUGUUGUCCGAAGGUGGCAAAUUCCCCAUCACUGAUCACUCAAGAACUUUGGCUAAUGAACUGGUUCCUGUGCUCCAUCAUCAUGUCAACACUUAAACUUCUACAUUGCAUAGGGCAUCUCUAAUCUACGGAUUGAUGGCUCGGGUAGGUCCUUCCUGUGCCGCCAUUUCCGUGCCCGAGGCAUGGGUUGGAGUUGCAUGUCAGAAGUUUCUAAUUUGUCAGGCAAUUGUAGUGGUAGGAGUCCUCAGAGGUUGUUUGCCAUUUUAAUGGGGACUUAUUUUAGCAUUGUAUACCCAUUUGUAGUUCUCAAAUUCUUUGUAAGGUAGUUGAAGCUUGGAGUAUAUGUCUGUGACAAUAUAACCAACCCUAUAUAGCUAUAUGCCUAAGAUUAUAGUUAAAAAUAAAAUAAAGUUUGCAA